AUGGCAGACUGGGCGGAGCUUCUACCGGAGCUUGUCCAAGGCAUCGCCGACUGCGUCCUCUCCACCACCGGCGGCGGCGGUGAGGGAUACAUGAACAUGAGGGUCGUAUGCUCCAGCUGGCGCUCUGCAAUUUCCAAGCCAUCUCCACUCGCCGCCAUAGCCGACCUCCGUUUCCGGCCACGGCACUGGGUCAUGCUCAACCUGCCAUCCAAGUACGAGGAUGGUGACGACGACGAUGCCUGCCUCUUCUUCCACGUCCUCACCGGGCGGUUCCGCUGCUUGCGCCUCCCGCUGAUUCAUGAUCACAUCCUCAUUGGUGCCUCUGAUGGUCUUCUCGUGCUCGGGGAUAGGGAUCAGUCCCCGCACCUGGCUCGUGUUCUCAACCCUUUGACAGGCGAUAUGCUCCCCUUUCCCGCGCCAGUACAUCAACGUUUUGACGAUAUUAUGUCAACAGCGGUGAGCGGCGGCUCUCAUACGAUGCUUUUCUCGUGGGCAUCUGAAACAGUUGUAUGUGCUUCUCCAACCAGCGAUGUUCUUAGGGAGGUGGACGUUGGCACGAGCAUGAAUAGCAUGAUUACCUUCCAAGGUAACGUCUAUUAUUCCGAUCAGGAUGGAUGGGUAUUCAAGAUUGUCGCACCAUGUGAAGAAAAAACAGUAGUAGUAGGGAAGAUGUCACCGGAUAAGUACAUACAUUUCGAGAGAAAAGGAAGCACAUGCUCUGAACUCGUGGAGUCUUGCGGGGAACUGCUGCUCGUUCAUGGUUGGGACCAAACCUUGAAUGUUUUCAGAGUAAAUAUCAAGCACAAGUUGUUGGAAGAGGUCAACAGCCUUGGCAGCCACCGCGCACUGUUUCUCGGCGACGAGAGGUGCAUAUCUGUGGACGUGGGUAACCUCCCGUCUGUCGACGGUGACUGCGUAUAUUUGUUUAAUUGGGUGGAAAAUUCAAAAUACAUGUGCGUGUAUAAUCUUAGGGACGACAAGAUGGAGGUUAUCUCCAGCAUGCACCAUCUUGAUCGACCUUAUAGCCUUGUUCAGGUUCUCUUGAUGUACUGUGAUUUUCGUUGCUAG